AUGCAAGAACGUUUGUAUUAUGAGAAAUUGGGUUUGAGGCGCGAUGCCGACAGUCCAGAAUCAGGCGAGGCGUUGACGCAAUCACGUGAAGAAUUACGAGAAAUUGACCGAAAUGCACAACGUAAACAGCAACUGGAGGAGAGCCCACAGCCUCAAUUUAUGCGUGUUUACGAGACACGUCCAAUUACGGCAAUGUCCGAGUCGGGCGAUCCACGUGAGGUUGUCUUCUCACCAAAUUCGGCCACCUGGAAACGUGUUUACAUCGUUGAUCGGCCAAAACCACGUCGAGAAGCAUUUAUCGAAAAACCAAAACCGCAACCAGUGAUAUUCCGAACUGGUAAGCGUUGGCAGCCACCACCGGAGCAACCGUAUGUUUGGCCAAGCGUGCGUAAACCAAUAAAUGUUGACGCCGGGACCGAAAGCGAUAGUAAUUAUUCUACAGGGCGAUCGGUUGAGGGUGCGGAGUAUAAGUGGCAACCGGUUGUAUAUGUUCCAGAUUAUAAGCACGAACACAAAAACUUCACUCCCGAGAAUUCGCCACCCGGCACACCACGAGGAUUCGGUAAUUCUACUACUUUACUUUCCCUGUCCAAUCCAAAUUAUUAGCA